GGCCAAUCAAUAUUCAUCUAUGCCGGGCAUAGAUGACAAGAUUGCAAUUUAUUAGUUUGAAAUCUGGAGGUCGCGCGGAACUGCGGACUUCUCGUUUGUAAAGGUGGGAGAAAAAGCUGUACACAUAGAGAGACUCGGUGUGGUGGACCCUGAAGAUCAAAUCCAAGAGAUCUGGCAGGGGUGCAUGUGGUUAUGCUCUUAGGCGCCUCCACCACAAACCUCUCCGGCUGUUGAUAGCGAGUCCCAAUAGACCAAAUAGGUCCUAAAUAAAUGUAACGCAAUUGCGAUUUCCACCCUGUCAACUAGAGCUACACCCUGAACAGCUGCCUCAUAGCAGCUCACAAGUCGUGCUAGGUACGCUCGCGUAGGGGAGGGAGGCAAAGCUGAGACGCAAGACGCAAGACGCGAGACGUGACCCCGUCCAAGCUACCCGCUUCACGUCAUAACGAUGGCCACUUCUUCCGUCUCACAAGCCGCAUCAUGGUCGUCGCUAAAAGCGAAGAGCCUCCAGCGUCUCGCUCUCCUCUGUGGCCUGAAUGUAGGAGGGAACAAGGCCGAAAUUAGCGCACGUCUGGCCCGCGCCGCCGCCGCGCCGCCAACAUCAUCCGACGAUGAGCCUGUGGUUCUCAGUAUCGAUCUUGGCAUCCGCAACCUCGCCUUCAGCCUGAUGACUCCCGCCUCAGCCUCUCCAUUUACCAGAUAUUAUUCCCGCAAGAAGGAGGUUACUAUUGUUAGCCCAUCUGGCCAGGUCCUAGGCCCGGCCGCUAGGCCGCCUUCCAUCACGCUGCAUCACUGGGAACGUCUCUCGCUUGUCGACGCCCAAACGUCUGCGGUAGAUUCCGCCGCGGUCGAAGAUGAGGAACCAAGAGAGGAAGACGUUUUCUCCCCAGCCAAAAUGGCGAAGAUAACCAACGACUUCCUACAGAACACAGUGUUGUGCAUGUCCCCAGUGCCAACCCACAUACUCAUCGAGCGGCAGCGGUGGCGCACCCAGAGCUCAGCUUCCAUCCUGGAAUGGACGGUACGUGUAAACACGCUGGAAGCCAUGCUUCAUGCUUCGCUACAGGCCCUACGCGGUGUCGGCGUCUACGAGGGGGAAGUGACUUCCGUACGGCCCGAGGCCGUGGCAAAAUUAUUUCUUGCCGCGGACGAGGAGCCACCGUCACCUAAGGUGCUCAAAGCCAACAUAAAGAAAAUGAAGAUUGAGACCUUGACGCACUGGCUUGGCGAAGGCGACGACGUGAUAGAACCGGGUACCAAGCUGGCGCGUCAAAUGAUACGCGCGUAUAAGAAAAGGGCGCCGUACAACCCUCAAGGUCGUGGAAGGCCCCCGAAAUAUGAUAAAGAGGAGUACGGGGAGGAGCUAAAGGUCCUCGAUGCAAAGUUGGACGAUCUUACCGAUAGCCUUAUGCAGGGCAUGGCGUGGUUGCGAUGGCAGCAAAACCUCGCGAUAUUACGAGAAGAGUUCGGCGCGGAGGAACUUUUAAAAGCUGCUUCGCCAUCCGUUCCCAAGAGUGGCAAGUCAAAAUCAUCAUAGGAAAUAUAAAAAAAUUAUUACGCACUUAAUUUCAAUCGGCAGAUACGUCGAGCUGUAAAAGUCGAAGCCGUUGCGCAACAACUAGAGACCUGGAUAUAGAGGGUGUUUGAGCUCAAGCUC